CGAAGCAGAGAUCGUCUCUCUCUCUCUCUCCGCUUCAAACGUCUCUCAUCGGACUCGAAAACGUCGCCGUUUCGUCAAGGGAAUUGAAGAGGCUAAUAGGUUGAUCAUGGAAGGAGGAGGAGUGGCGAGUGAUGCAGGCUCGGCGGUGGCGCCGAUUGCCAAGUGGAGGGAUGAGUUUGCAAGGACAUUUCAGUACUACUUGGACCGGUCGACUCCUAACCCGGUCCACAGGUGGCUGGGGACACUGGCUGUGGCUGCGAUUUACGUGUUGCGAGUUUACUUGGUUCAGGGGUUCUACAUUGUGUCUUAUGGAUUGGGGAUUUAUAUCUUGAAUCUGUUGAUUGGGUUUUUGUCGCCGAAGGUUGAUCCGGAGCUUGAGGGCUUGGAUGGGGCUGCAUUGCCGAUGAGGGGAUCGGAUGAGUUUAAGCCAUUUAUCCGCCGCCUUCCUGAGUUCAAGUUCUGGUAUUCCAUUACAAAGGCUUUCUGUGUCGCCUUUCUGAUGACCUUCUUCUCUGUUUUUGAUGUCCCUGUUUUCUGGCCCAUACUCCUCUGUUAUUGGAUUGUUCUUUUUGUCCUUACAAUGAAGCGCCAAAUCAUGCACAUGAUCAAGUACAAGUAUGUUCCAUUCAGCAUUGGAAAGCAGAGGUAUGUAGGGAAGCCUGCUGGAAGUAGUAGUGGCUCUGCGGACUGAAGGUUAGGGAAACAGAAUGGAAAGAAGUGCAGUGUUCAAAUGUUUUUAGUUAUUCUGAACACCUUUCUCGUCAACUCUUGCAAAGUUAUAGAUAUGUCGAUCUUUGCAUCCUAUUAGGAUUUAACAAGCAGAUGUAACUUGCAUAACUCGAGUUCCUCGCCUCUUCUUAAUCUGAAUUUUCCUAAUUUUGUCCUGUAAAUACUGCUCUUUUUUCUGCAUUACUUCGGAAUGUUGAAGACAUAUUGCUGCCUGCUUU